GUCGCAUGGGCAUUCGUGCCGGGCCUCGAAGGAUUCGCAGACAAUCGUUCCGCUGCUGCAGUUACCCGACUUUCGCAAUGCAUUGCUGAGGGGUUGGAAACAGGAGGAGGACAAGGACACGAUCACCAUUGGCCAGCAUAAUUUAAGGGCCUUCAAAGCGGCGGCAAGGGCCUCAAAGCCUCUGCCAGUCAAGAUUGGUGGAGCAGGCAAGCCCGCAACAGCCAAGAGGACCCGCAUCGACACAAACUUCAUGCUCUUCAUGGAUGUCAUGUCGGAGGGUGUCUACGAGCUCAUGAAGAAGUGGCACGAGAAGUUCACGGUCAAGAAGGAGCAGUUGCAACGUUGCAUCAACAUUGGGUGGAUGGCCGAGGGGGCCGCGAAGAUGAACCCAUACUAUCGAUGGAACCGGGAAGCCUGCACCCAGGAGUACUGCGCGACUCAGCCCCUCACGUCACAUGGCGGCCCUCAACCAUGUGCAAACAUUGCAGGAUGCCCUGACGCGGUUCGGGUCUACCCGGCCGUCCCCUUCCUGCUGCCGCUUUCUUAUGAGACAGAGCCAAGCCGGUGA